UAAAACGAAAAUAAUUGCCAUUAAUGAUAGUCAUUAAAAAUAAGUGCGAAUAUUUUAUUUCCUUUUAAACGAGUGGCAGUAACUUUGAGUUGACGACCGUAACCUUUGUUGUCUUUUGCUCUCCAAAGUAUCGGUAGAAAAUUUAUUUUGUUAAUAUUAGAAAUUCACAAAAAUGUCGGCAAGUAAAACAAUUCUUACUCUUGCUCGUCAGUUCAGCAGUACAUCUGUAAAAUCUGCAGCUAUGAUUAAACCCCCUGUAUCAGUGUUCGGUGUUGAAGGUCGUUAUGCCACUGCUUUGUAUUCUGCUGCUAUGAAAGAGAAAAAGAUUGAUGCUGUUGAAAAGGACAUUAAAGAUUUGAAAGAUUUACUGUCAAAAGAUAGAAAAUUUGCCGAAUUUGUUAUGAAUCCACUGUUGAAAAUCAAUAUUAAAAUUGAUGCUUUGAAGAAAAUGCUUUUAAAGAAAAACUACUCUCCACUCACUCUGAAUUUGUUAGUUGCUAUGGCUGAAAAUGGACGUUUGAAAGCAUUAAUGUCAGUUCUUGAUUGUUUUAAUGGUAUUAUGAGCAACAUUAGAGGUGAAAUUGCUUGCCAGAUUGUUACUGCUAAACCUCUUGAUGCCCCCACAUUGGCAGAAUUUGAAAAAACUUUGAAAUCUUUUGUGAAGAAAAAUGAAAAAGUUUUAUUACAAACAAAGGUUGAUCCUUCCAUCAUUGGUGGUGCUAUUGUUACUAUAGGAGACAAAUAUGUGGAUAUGUCCAUUGCUUCGAAAAUCAAAGCCUACAAUUCUGUGUUGAGAGAAAUAGUUUAAUAGGAUUUUUGUGUAGUAUUGGAAUGCUAUAUAUAUGUAAUAGUUAACAGCAGGAAAUAUUAAGCACUUAUUCAUAUGAGUGAAUAAAUUUAUUAUAAUUGA